UACAAUAGAGUGAGUGUUCAAAAUAUAUAUGUAUAAUAAAGACAUUAAAUUAAAAAUAGAAGAUAUGUAAUUCAAAUUUAACGUAUAAUUAUUUCCUCGAGUUCUUCAUCAAUCAUUCUUUAAUAACUUGAAAUCGUGAAAAAAAUUCAAAAGUAAAAAUGCCUAUACUAUUCAGUGCCAUAGCAUGUAAUAAAAUAAUCAAAUCGAAAUAUGCUUCAUGCGACGGUAAUUUUAUGGAGAUUUUAGAAGAAGUUAUGUCCAAACUUUCUCCUGGGAAAGGGAAGAUGACAUAUUUCCACGGGCAUUAUUUGUUCCACUACAUUUUAGAAGAAGCACAUUUUUAUUUCUGUAUCACGGACAAGGCAUGUCAACGCUCCAGAGCGUUUUUAUUCCUGAACGAAAUCCAAAGACGAUUUAAAUAUAGAGUUAAAGGGGAUUUUGCAGACGUACUGGCAACCGAAAUGCACCGAUACAGUGAAGACUACAAUACUAUUGAGAUCAGGCACGGCGAAAUUGAUGAACUUAAUAGUAUAGGUGUGGAUAGUAGUGAGACGAUUUUGGGAGAAAAAAUACUGUUUGUCAAUACAGAAAAUGCAACUUAUUUCAGUACUAUAUCAGACGUAAGUAAAAUGCCAGAAAAGGUUGAGCUCACUACCAAAAUCUCCAACACCAGGUCAUACGCAACUAUUAUAGUAAUUUUAAUACUAAUUUUAGCCCUUAGCAUUUAUACUCUAGAACCAAUGUCCUGCGUGAUCAUAACGUGCAUUUUUGUCUUAUAU